AUGUCGCUGAUGGAUUCAGUGACAAUCCAGUCACUAUUGGGAAAUGCUGGAGGCAUGAAACUGAGGCUUCUGACAAAGGCCAACUGGGAGAUGAACCUCCUAAGUGUUCAAGGCCCCCUGGUUGAUCAUGAGUGCCCAGCUGAAUCCUCCAAACUUGGCCACUACCCCCAAGAGCAAGAGUACGACUUCGUUGAGCUCCGCACGUUCCGGGCUCAGGGCGCCGGGCGGGCGCGGGUAGGAGGAGUGGCGCCGCCCCCGGGGUAUUUAACCCCAGUCUGGGGCCCGCGGGGCGCCGGCCGCCCCGGCUCCUCGCUGAUCGCACCUCCCCUCUCCCCUCCCUGCUCCCUCCCGGCGCGCCCCACCCUCUGCCCAGCGCUCUCCUCCAGCGCAGGCACCGGCCGGCGGGCGCCUGGAGCAGGACACCAGCGGCGCUCGUCGCGCACUGCCCACACCGCACCACCGCGGCUGACCGCGCUGAGCGCGCCGGACAGCCCGAGUCGGGACGCCGGCCCAAAGCGCCCCGCAGACGGGCGGGCGGCUGUGAACGCCCGGCCAGCAGCUCACAGCAUGGAUUCGGAUUCCGGGGAGCAAAGCGAGGGCGAGCCGGUGACCACUGCAGGUCCCGAUGUUUUCUGUUCCAAGAGCCUUGCCAUUCAAGCUCAGAAGAAGAUUCUGAGCAAAAUAGCCAGCAAAACUGUGGCCAGCAUGUUGAUUGAUGACACCAGCAGCGAGAUCUUUGACGAGCUCUACAAAGUCACCAAAGAGCACACCCGCAACAAGAAGGAGGCCCACAAGAUCAUGAAAGACUUAAUCAAGGUGGCAAUCAAAAUUGGGAUCCUCUACCGGAACAACCAGUUCAACCAGGAGGAGGUUGCCAUCGUGGAGAAGUUCAGGAAGAAGCUGAACCAGACCGCCAUGACCAUCAUCAGCUUCUAUGAGGUGGAAUACACCUUCGAAAAGAACGUGCUCUCCAAGCUCCUACACGAGUGCAAGGACCUGGUGCAUGAACUGGUGCAGCGACACCUGACACCCAGGACCCACGGGCGCAUCAACCACGUCUUCAACCACUUUGCUGAUGUGGAGUUCCUCUCUACCCUUUAUAGUCUGGAUGGGAACUGUAGACCCAACCUCAAGAGGAUUUGUGAAGGAAUCCAUAAAUUGCUCGAUGAGAAUGUCCUUUGAAUAUCUUCGUUCUUCCUGGACUUUGCUGCGUUCAUGCUACAGCACCCAGCGUGGUCUGGGUGAGAAUCGAGACAACAGGAAGACACCCUUGUCAAAGACACACCCGUGUUCUGUCCUUUUCUUCCCUCCAGUGUUGAUGUUGAAUCGAGCUCGGGUGGGUUUAUUCCCUGAGCUCGUUGAUGAGGUCUGUACUUAAAAUCACCUUUGUCUGCAAGCCCAAAGGACAUUUCAUCUAUUCUACGCAGAAAGGCUGCCCUGCUCUUCCAGGAGACCUCAGUUCAUCUUGUGGAGUGGAAGGAGCCCUGGACUAGGAGUCGGAGGACAUGGGUUUGGUUUCCAGCUUCACCAGUUACGACUCCUCUGUCCUCUGGGUCCUGGAACCAGGAUGCCCGCCUGCCUGCCUCCCAGGGCUGCUCUAAGGAUCAAAUGAAAUAGUGUAUGUUCACACUUUUGAAAACACUAAUGUAGGGUCUUACUUUCUCUUCAGUGUGUGAGAGGGACCAACCUGGAUCCAGACUACCAUGCGGCAAAGAAUAGAACAAUAGUCUCUGGUGGUCUGGGUGUGCAGUCUAUCUCUAGAUGUGCUAUUUCAAACAAAUGGGAAAUGAAUCUAAAGAUGUGAAAAAAUAUAGUGGCAAAUUGGGAAAGUGUUUUUCAGAAGCUGUCUUUUAGGUCUCAGAUGUGAAGAUUCAUGAUCCUCCAGCGGGUGAGUGGAGCUCGCCCCCCGUUGCGCAGAUGCCAAACUGUGCUCCGCCUUCAGGACCGGCUGUCCCCUGUCCAUGGGCACAGUCCAUGAAACACAGAGGGCUUAUUCUGGCAUGCACAGGCGAGUCAGGCAAAAUGAAUCUCCCCGUCUGUCUUUCUGGACCCUUCAUAGUCAUUUUGUGCUGUUUUCUCUGGUUCAUUAAUAAAUUGAAACUACCCCUCCAACAAGCGGUUUUGGAAUUGUGAUUCAAAAAUA